AUGGAAGUACUUAAAUAUAUUAUUGGUGACAAUAAUUUCUCAUGGUGGAUCAAAAUUUAUUUUAUACUCAUUUCGGCUGCGGUGGUAUUCGUGUCCAUAAACUUGGCAGUCGGAAUUUACGAUAAAUGGGAGGACACCCCAGUAAUUAUUGGAAUAAGUCCUACCAUGACUCCUAUAGACCAAAUUCCCUUUCCGGCUAUAACGGUUUGUAAUAUGAACCAGGCAAAAAAGUCAAAAGUAGAGCAUUUGAUGCCGGGAUCGCUUGGAUACGCCAUGUUACAAAAGACUUGUUAUAAGGACAGUAAUUACUCACAGUAUACGGAGGUUCAGAGUUCGAAUGAAACCUUUCCCAGUUUCAUAAAAAAUAUUUCGCAGAAGUGCCAGGAUUUAAUAGUAUCGUGUACAUUUCACCAAGAAAAAAUACCCUGCUCCGAUAUCUUCAGAGAAAUAUUCGUCGAUGAGGGACUGUGUUGUAUAUUUAAUUUUUUGCAUCCUUAUUACUUGUACAAAUUUCGGUCACCUUACAUUCGGGACUACACAUCUUCGAAUAGGUUUGCCGAUAUUGCCGUCGAUUGGGAUCCCAUUUCAGGAUAUCCUAAAAGAUUACCAUCGAGCUAUUAUCCCCGCCCAGGAGUUGGCGUUGGAACGGCUAUGGGUCUACAAAUUAUUUUAAAUGGACACGUCGACGAUUACUUUUGCUCCUCCACAAACGGACAGGGAUUUAAGGUGCUUCUGUACAAUCCAAUUGACCAACCGCGGUUAAAGGAAUCCGGAUUGCCUGUAAUGAUUGGACAUCAAACUAGCUUCCGCAUAAUCGCUAGGAGCACUGAGGCGUUACCCAAUAUUCGAAAUAUUGACAGGACUAAGAGGCAGUGCAUCUUUAGCGACGAGCAGGAACUACUCUUUUAUAGAUAUUACACUCGUCGAAAUUGCGAAGCAGAGUGCGACUCUCUGUUCUUUUUAAGAUUGUGCAAUUGUAUUCCGUAUUAUUUACCACUAAUUUACCCCAAUGCUUCUAUUUGUGAUGUGGUCCAUUUCGACUGUUUAAAUAAGGCAGAGCUGGAGAUCUUCGACAUCAAUGGUUCCCACUGCAAAGAGCUCUGCCUGACCAGCUGUCAUGAUCUGAUUUUCUUUCCUGAUGCUUUUACCACCCCAUUUAGUCAAAAAUACAUUAAAUCCAAAAGCGAUUAUUUGCAAAAUUUGUCAAGUGAUUACAUACGACAAAAUCUGGCAGUAGUCAACUUUUUCCACACAGACAAUUAUUUUAGAAGCAGUGUAAGGACUUCGUACACUGGGCCAACCGAAUAUAUGGCUCUCACAGGAGGAAUAAUGAGCUUAAUGAUUGGAUUUAGCGUAAUCUUCAUAGCCGAAAUAAUAUACAUAAGUGUUCUUAUUUUAUCAAUGUUACUUUAUUUAAUGUUUUAAAUGUCUUUAACCCGCAUCUCCUAAAAAUCGCUACAACGAAUCUUUCUUUGUAAGAAUAAAAUGUACUUGAAAGGAA